AUGGCGACCGUAUCUUCUUCGUCAAUGAGCUUCACCACUUACGCUAUGGGUCGCCCCACCAGAACCCGAGCCCCGCGCACUCCUCGCUCCAAUAAGCCGAAACCGCCCAACCCUAACCCUAAUCACAGCCAGCUCAAGCUUAACCGCACCGCCGCCAAGGAGCUCACCUCCGUCGGAGUCGAGGCCACCACCUACACUCGCCUCCCGCCCAAAGACGACUUCCCCCUCCCUUCCUCCCUUCUCGAGUUCUCCGCCGAGGUCAAGCUCUCCGACUCAACCCUCGCCGUCGAGAAGAAGUUAAAGAAGAAUGAUGGGAAAAUAAAGAUCGACGAGGAUGAGGAAGAAGAAGACGGCGGGGAUGGCGAAUUCGAGGUCCUCGAAGUCCUCGAAGGGAGCUACGACACAGAAUUGGAGGAUGAGGAUGACGAAGAUGAGGAAAUUGAAGGCGUUGAGUAUGAGUAUGAAGCAAUUGAGAGGCGCGGCGAUGAUGCUGACGCUGAUGAUUCGGAGGGGGUGAAGGAGAAGGGAGUACCGGCGGUGAUGAGGUGUUUCGACAGAGCGAAAAUCUAUGUGAAAGCAGGGGACGGCGGCAACGGCGUGGUGGCGAUGCGGCGGGAGAAGUUUGUGCCGUUAGGGGGACCGUCAGGAGGGGACGGAGGGAGAGGAGGCAAUGUGUAUAUAGAGGUUGAUGGUUCGAUGAAUUCGCUGCUGCCGUUUAGGAAUAGUGUGCAUUUUCGGGCGGGGAGGGGUGAUCAUGGGAGGGGGCAGUCGCAGCAUGGGGCCAAAGGGGAGGAUGUGGUGGUGAAGGUGGCGCCGGGGACGGUGAUUAGGGAGGCAGGGAAGGAGGAGGUGUUGUUGGAGCUGUUGCAUCCGGGGCAGAGGGGGUUGUUGCUGCCUGGAGGCAGAGGUGGGAGAGGGAAUGCUUCGUUUAAGUCUGGGGCUAAUAAGGUGCCUAGGAUUGCUGAGAACGGGGCCGAGGGUCCGGAAAUGUGGUUGGACCUGGAGCUAAAGCUAGUAGCAGAUGUUGGAAUUGUGGGAGCUCCAAAUGCAGGGAAAAGCACACUGUUGAGUGUUAUAAGUGCUGCUCAGCCUACGAUAGCAAAUUACCCCUUCACUACUUUACUUCCAAAUCUGGGUGUUGUUUCAUUCGACUAUGACUCGACAAUGGUUGUAGCAGAUCUACCGGGAUUACUUGAAGGAGCACACCGGGGUUUUGGAUUGGGCCAUGAGUUUCUGCGUCACACUGAGAGGUGUUCUGUCCUGAUACAUGUUGUUGAUGGCUCGGGCCAGCAACCAGAAUUUGAGUAUGAUGCUGUUCGUCUGGAACUGGAACUGUUUAGUCCUGAAAUUGCUGAAAAGCCUUACAUAGUCGCUUUUAACAAAAUGGACCUUCCAGAUGCAAAUGAACAGUGGAUAUCAUUCAAGGAAAACUUGCAAGCCCGCGGGGUUCAAGUUUUUUGCAUGAGUGCAGUUAAAGGAGAGGGUACUCAGGAGGUCAUCAGUACUGCUUAUCAGCUUCUGCGAAGGAGCAAAGUUGAUGAGGAGGAAUUCACAGAAGAUCCGGUUGACUUAGAUCAUGUAGCCGAUAUGGUGCGUAAGCAACAAACCGCCUCAAUCAAUGAGUUUGAGAUAUCAUAUGACAGCAGUACCAAUACUUGGCAUGUUGUGGGAUCUGGAUUACAACGUUUUGUUCAGAUGACAAAUUGGCGAUAUAUGGAUUCUGAGAGGAGAUUCCAACAUGUUUUGGAUGCUUGUGGUGUAAACAAGAAUCUUAAGAAACGUGGUGUCAAAGAAGGUGACACCGUGCUUAUUGGAGAUAUGGAAAUGGUGUGGCAUGAUUCUGUUUCUGGUCCAUCAAAUUUAAAGAAAGGAUCUGCAGAAGGAACCAAGUGGGCUCAGUUUAAGUGAUCUUCAUAGGUUAUUCACUGAAGAAGCUAACUCGACUCAAGAAGAAGAGAUCAUAACGGAGCAACAAUAUCACUAACGAGAUAGAUAAUGUGGCCGUCCAUGAAACAAAGCCGUCGAGGCAGACAGAGAAGCAAUUGUGCAAACAAGAUGAUCUGCGGUGAUCAAUCUUUUAAUGAUGCGACAGUGUAUAUGAAGCUCAUCAAGACCUUACAUAUCGCAAUAAGCCGAGCAGAUGGAUGUCCAAGGCAAGUUUUCCUCUACCAUGCCAUCCAUCCUUCUUGUACCCCAUAUUGUAACAACGGCAGCUAAAUUAAGAUACAUACAGUAGCUCCUGUAAGAUAUUUAUGUAACAAUCAUGAUCACUCUAAACAUGAGAAGCAAAGGUUGGAGUUUCUCUAUUUGGGUUGGAA